GUUGGUAUGUUCAAAUCUUAGGAUCUACUUCUGGCCUGGAUCCUGAACGAAGAACGAUAUAGGAGAGAGAGACGCAAAAGAGACGGAGUGAAGGUGCUUGGCAACGGAAUGACGGUGUUGCAGGAACCUGUCCAGGCUGCUGUUUGGCACGCUUUAAACCACUAUGCCUAUCGCGAUGCCGUCUUCCUGGCAGAAAGGCUCUACGCUGAAGUGCAUUCAGAGGAGGCUCUCUUCCUGUUGGCCACCUGCUACUACCGUUCUGGAAAGCCGUACAAGGCCUACCACCUGCUGAAGGGCCACAGCUGCACCACGCCGCAAUGCAAAUACCUCCUGGCCAAGUGCUGUGUGGAGCUCAGCAAGCUUGCAGAGGGAGAGCAGAUUUUGACCGGCGGUGUUCUGAAUAAGCAGAAAAGCCAAGAUGACAUCGUCACAGAAUUCGGAGAGACCGCCUGCUUCACACUGGCUUUGCUUGGCCAAAUCUACUGCAAAACAGACAGACUUGCAAAGGGGUCGGAGUGCUACCAGAAGAGUCUGAGUUUGAAUCCGUUCAUUUGGUCUCCUUUCGAGUCACUCUGUCAGAUAGGUGAGCGGCCGGACCCAGAACAGAUUUUCAAACUGACUUCCCUUCAGAACUUCAGCAGUGGGGGCGGGGUCAACCAGCCGCCAAUCAGCCCCGCCCACACGCCCAGCCACAACCCCUCCCACCGGCAGGUUGACAGCGUUCUCAUGGAGACUCCCCAAGACACUUUAGAGUUAAACCGCCUGAACCUGGAGUCCUCAAACCCCAAGUACUCCACGCUGGGCACAGACUCGUCCGUGUCCUACAUCGACUCGUCUGUCAUCUCACCCGACGCAGUGCCACUGGGCUCGACGGGCGGCUCGGUGCUCAGCAAGCAGCCUCAGAACAACAAGCCCAAGAGUGGACGCAGCUUGCUGGGAGGUCCAGCAGCCCUCAGCCCGCUUACGCCCAGUUUUGGAAUCCUGCCCCUGGAGCCCAGCCCGGGAGACCCCACUUACCUGCAGAGCUAUGGUCACAGCGGCUCGGGGAUGGAGCCUCCGCCUGCUGCGGCUCCCUUAAAGAAGUCGGUUGCUCGAAUCAACCAAGUAGGCACAAAGUCAGUGUUUGCACCAAGUGGUAACAGCAGGGAGGUCAUCCCCAUCCCCUUCAAUCCAACGCAGACCACCGCACCACAAACCAGUACCACACCUCAAGUGCUAAGCCCAACCAUCGCUGCACCUGCUAAUGUGCAGCCUAGGCGAAGCUCCAGACUCUUCACCAGUGCCAGUUCUACUGCCAAGGAGAACAGCAAGAAGCUAAAAAUGAAGUUUCCGACAAAGAUCCCCAACCGUAAGACCAAAACCAAGACGGGUAAGGCAGGCAUGGCGCCCUCCAACCUCAACGAGAGCAUCGAGCUGCUGAAACUGGACUCCUCCAUCUCCGAGGGCAAGGGGGGCAGCCUCGGCUCAUCUCAGCUACAGGCCUUCACUCUGCAAAAGGCCGCCGCAGAUGGGUUGAUGAACCUGAUGAGAGAUAUUGGCCGUGGUUAUGUGGCCCUCUGCUCCUACAACUGUAAAGAGGCCAUCAACAUCCUCACCCAGCUCCCCACGCACCACUACAACACAGGCUGGGUCCUCAACCAGAUUGGACGGGCCCACUUCGAGCUGGCGGAGUACACACAGGCCGAGAGGAUCUUUUCGGAAGUCAGGCGGAUCGAGAGCUACCGCGUAGAGGGCAUGGAGAUCUACUCCACCACGUUGUGGCACCUGCAGAAGGACGUGUCGCUCUCCGCUCUCUCCAAAGAUCUCACCGACAUGGAUAAGAAUUCGCCUGAGCCAUGGUGUGUAGCAGGAAACUGUUUCAGCCUUCAGCGGGAACACGACAUUGCCAUUAAGUUCUUCACACGUGCAAUCCAGGUGGACCCCAGCUUUGCGUACGCCUACACGCUCCUCGGCCACGAGCUCGUACUGACAGAGGAGCUGGAGAAGGCCCUCGGAUGUUUCCGGAAUGCCAUUCGCCUCAACACGCGCCACUAUAAUGCCUGGUAUGGCUUGGGUAUGAUCUAUUAUAAACAGGAGAAGUUUAACUUGGCAGAGAUCCACUUCAAGAAGGCUCUCAGCAUCAACCCUCAGAGUUCAGUGCUGCUGUGUCACAUUGGAGUGGUUCAACACGCACUUAAGAAAUCUGACCACGCCUUAGAGACUCUAAACAGAGCAAUUGGUAUUGACCCCAAAAACCCACUAUGCAAGUUCCACAGGGCAUCCAUUCUAUUUGCAAGUGAGAAGUACAAGGCUGCCCUGCAGGAGUUGGAGGAGCUCAAACAGAUCGUACCUAAAGAGUCGCUUGUUUACUUUUUAAUUGGAAAGGUCUAUAAGAAACUGGGGCAGACUCACCUGGCCCUGAUGAACUUUUCCUGGGCCAUGGACCUGGACCCCAAAGGCGCCAAUAACCAGAUCAAAGAGGCAAUAGACAAGAGAUAUCUCCCGGACGACGAGGAGCCCGUCACCCCAGAGGACUACCCCUACUAUUCCACAGCCGACAUGGAGGAGUCUCAGGAGAGCAGCAUGACUGACGCCGAUGACACGCAGUUGCACACGGCCGAGAGUGACGAGGUCUUGUAGCCAGCCACUGGUGACGCGGGCGGGCGGCCCUGUGGUCACUAUAGCACGUGGGACUCUCACUUGUGGAGCCGGGCCCCAAGCCAACCCACCGGGACCAGGCCUAGAAGACAAGACAUGCGGGAGGCUCCUCCUCCAUCAUAACUAGAUGAUGACAGAAGAGGAUGAUGAUGUUGAUGAUGGAAAAAAAAGGAAUACAAACUGCUGCUAAUACAGUACCUCCUUGUUUCUCUUAAAAAAAAACACACACACACUUAUGUUUGCUGUUUUUUUAUUGUUGUUGUUUAUUAUUAUUAUUAUUAUUGUGUUUUUCAUCCUAUUGUCUUUUCUCUCCUCUCAAUCAUGCCUUAGCAGUCAAAACAAAAAUACAAACUACCGUAUGUUUUUAUGUUGUUUUACUCAAAUUAUCCCCUCAAUAAAGGUGUCUUUACAGUCUUUA